UGCUGCUGCUCCCCCACCCUCCUGCCCGCUUCCUCGCAUUCACUCCCUCCUCAUCCUCCCUGCUCGGUCGCUGCUCAGCCCGCUGGGUCCGUGUGUAGUCUGUUCUGGAGCUGCAGGGUUCGGUACCGGCACUGAUUUACUGAUUUCAGUCCGCAGCAGACACAAGAGGAACCACAGGAAGCGGCUCGCUCUCCGACUUUCUGAAAUUAACAAAAAGAGACGUGGGAUUGGCCAAAGAUAACAUCACUGCAUCACUCGCGGACAGCGGAGACCGUGCUGCAACCAAGAACGACGACGUGACCGGCCAACAGACGCAUCGAACCGGGAGAUAGAUGGCUGACAAGCAGAUCAGUUUGCCUGCCAAAUUGAUCAAUGGGGGGGUUGCUGGCCUAAUUGGAGUGACCUGCGUGUUUCCCAUCGACCUGGCUAAGACCCGCCUGCAGAACCAGCAGCAUGGAUCCCGCCUUUACACCAGCUUGUACGAGAGGUUUUGUCUUCAACUCGUUCCACUUGAUCGCUUGUCAGACGGCGCUUUAUUAACACGUCCUCUUUUCUGGGGGGGUUUCAGGUCAGACUGCCUUAUUAAGACCAUCCGGUCAGAAGGGUACUUUGGGAUGUACCGAGGAGCUGCGGUGAACUUGACGCUAGUCACGCCGGAGAAAGCCAUCAAACUGGCCGCCAACGACUUCUUCAGGCAUCACUUCUCCAAGGACGGGAAACUCACCCUGGUGAAGGAGAUGAUGGCUGGGUGCGGGGCGGGGACGUGCCAGGUUAUUGUAACCACUCCUAUGGAGAUGUUGAAAAUCCAGCUCCAGGACGCAGGAAGGAUUGCUGCGCAGCGGAAACUCAUGCCAGAGACGGUGCCGGCAGGAACGGUGGAGACGAAGUCUCCGACGGCCAUGCAGCUCACCAGAGAGCUACUGAGGGAAAAGGGCAUUGCUGGGCUUUAUAAAGGCCUCGGCGCCACAUUGCUCAGGGAUGUUCCUUUCUCCAUCAUCUAUUUCCCUCUCUUUGCCAACCUGAAUAACUUGGGGAAAAGGGGCGCAGAAGGUCCAGCUCCUUUCUACGUGUCGUUUUUAUCCGGCUGCCUUGCAGGGAGCACGGCGGCGGUCGCCGUCAACCCUGUUGAUGUAAUAAAGACUAGGUUGCAGUCGCUGAACCGAGGGAGCACAGAAGACACGUACAGCGGCGUGAGCGACUGUAUCAGGAAAAUCCUGCGCAACGAGGGUCCGUCUGCCUUCCUGAAAGGAGCCUACUGUCGAGCCCUGGUCAUCGCGCCUCUUUUUGGCAUCGCACAGGUCAUCUACUUCCUGGGCGUGGGUGAAUUUAUCCUCAGCUUUGUGCCCAAAAAAGACAACUAAGGAGAAUCUCCUUUUUUGCCUUUCCCUCCAUGAUGCGUCGGAUCAACUGCACGAGGAUUUCAUCUUACUCCAAAUGAAGUUUUUGGUGAUCACCUGGUAUAUGUUUUUAAUGUGUUGUGUUGAAUGUUUGAGGGGUUCAGGAGGGAGCCUUUGUUUUCCGAGCUGCCUGAAGUGGCACGCUAAACUCCAGUUAGCAGGCUCAGCGAGCUCUCUGGAAAUCAAGCCACAAAUAUCAGUUCAAAAUCUUUAUUACUACAUUUAAUUGCUUUUUUUUAUUUCCUUUUAAACAUGAUUGUCAAAGUUUCAAAGUAGAUGUACCGCUCUUGGCUGCUGCACAUCUACGAGACCUACAGUACUGUAUUUGUUAGCUGUUGUUAGUCGUAGAGACUCCCUUGAUGAUUUAUUUUAAUCAGAGUCACUAACUUAUAUUGAAAAUUAAAAGCACAGCUCAUGUUAAGAAAAUACUGCUGCAAUACCCCCCAUCAUACUACAGUUUUCCAGACAGUUAAAGAGAAAAUUCAUAAAACUAGAGGAAAUACAGCGUAUGAGCCGGUUGUGAUCCAUCACAAUCCUGUGAUCUUUCCUGAGGAGCCACUUCCCCUAACGUAAGUGGCUGUAAUGAAGACCGAGCAGACUUUGAUUGCCUCGGCUCUUUAAGUAGAUCAGCCUCCCUUCCAUAUUCAGCGCUACCACAAUGGGUCGACUGUUUUGCUUCCCUGAAAGACGGCUCUGUGUCCUGGUUGGCCACUGAAGUCACAGCGAGCGAUAUUUUAACAUCAUUAUCUGCUACGAACGACAAUCAUCGUUGACUAGUGGGGCAAGAAAAGGGGCUGCUGCAGGUCUCUGUGGGUCAGACCUGGUCCACGCGAGGCCUCGCCUCCACCAGUGACGCAGCAGCGGGCGUGUUGGCAUCCCUCAUCGGGCUGCAGCGCCAAGUGCGUGUGAAGCAGCAGAUCCCGGCCACGUGUCGUUCUUUCUGGACCCAGAAGGCGUCAGAUGCAGGAUUGUUGGACAUCAUUGUCCCACACUUGCAGAUGCAGUCAUCUAUUGUGGAGCGAGCGCGUCUACGCGGCUUUUAUCCCCUAUGAUUAUUUUUGUUUACAGCUCAUGCUUGACUGCUGUGUCCCAACUUGAAUUUGGUGGCACGGCCCAAAGAGCCAAUGAAAAACCUCUGUUUAUCCCAAAAAAUCCAACUUUUGUGUCCUCAGUGUUAUAUGAUUUAAGAAAAAAACCAACAUCUCUGCUAUUUUUGCUUAGUUUUUAGUCUUUUGUUUGCUUUAAACUGCCAGAGAUAAGAGCCCUGGCGUAUCUCGCAUCUGUCACAGCAGUACUGAAGUCCUGCCGCCGGUCUGUCAGAGAUCAAGGUGACUUUGAUGUGUGAUAUCCAAUCACAUUCCUCCCUUGCUCCCACGGCUCUUUAGCUGUUCUCGUGCAGCUUUUCAGUGGAUAUCAUUUGUGGGAGUGAGCUUUAUUUAUCAAUGUUCCUUUCUUGAGGCGGUAUAGCACUAUAUAUUUGUAUGUGUCGUUUGUUUUUUUUGGUGUCAAAUUGUCCACCUUGACUUUAUUGUACAGUUACAGAUGAUAUGAACUUUGUUUUAGGAUUUAUUGUUUUGUACAUGAUGGCUUAUUUGCACACCUACCUCUCCCUUCUCCUUUCUGUUCAUGUUGUGGUGGUUUGUUGUCAUGACGAUGUGGGCCUGUCAGAUGAAGGAACAGAGAUGCAAGAGCAUCGUUUAAAGUGAAAUGCAACAUAUAACUCUUCUUUUCUAACCGUAUGCGGAGGAGACGCUAGUGUAGACAGUUUUAUGGUGGUGCCAUUCUUCCUCAGCUAUCGGUUAGUUUCUAACUUUAUAAUUAAAAGACCAAACAAGGAAUCUUAAGGCUUUUAAGUGAAAUUGACAUUAAUUGUAAUUUAGAUUUCACUUGUGGCCCUGAAAUAGAUCCGUCUGUGUGAACGGUAGUUCUUCCACGAGGCGGCUGCGCCACGACCACGCGAGUGCUUGGCAGCGCUGUAAUUGUCUUAACUGGCUGCAGGUCAGGGAGGGGGCCGCCGGCGCCCACUCCGGCCCUGGACGGCCCCGGUCACAUGGCACAAACACCUGCUCAGACCUGCUUUCUGAAUUAUUUUUCGUGUGUUGACAUUCCGACUUACUCCCACGUACGCCGUUGUCGUGCUCACAAUGCCUUUUGUUGUGUCGUUGAGAUUAUUACCCCCCCCCAUGCCUCAUGCCGAUUAUUUUUACCUGACUUUUGGUUGAAUCUUGAAAAUGUUGUGCAAGUCUUUUCGUUUUUACUUGGCUGUGGAUCUUCGCCGACCUCGUGCAUCCGGUUGCGUUCGUGCGUCUGACUGUCGUGUCGCCGUCGUGUGGUGAUCAGAGUGACGCUGCCGUAUCCUUCUCUUUGGUUGUUGCCCCCGCCUGCUCUCUCCCUCUGUGUACUUGUCACGGUCCUCUGCCAAGUGCUGAUCCAGCAUCUGCCCCCCGGGUGCGGGUCAGUGCGGACGACCUCCCGAAACACCAAAUGUUUGACUUUAGAGUGUAUACAAUCAAAGAAAGCACAAAGGACUAGUAGGCAUAAACGACCACACGGCCCUCUCUCGGCACCCUGGGGAACCACGUCCGUGGGAAAUGCACAUCUGCUGGUUCGUACAUGUUUAUUAAAACAUUUGUUGCUUUAAAUGAGCUUUUAGUCAUAUUUAUCCAUCUCUGUAAGACCAAAGGGCUGAGACGACGGGCCGUGUCCGAGAGCCACAUGAUGGGCCGUUUCCCAUCAGCAGUUAGCCACAAAAUGUAUAUGACUUACAUAUUCUAUAUGAAUCUGAAAAAAGAAUGUAACUUAGAUAUGAUGAAAUGUAUGAUUAUAGUGGAGAGUCUAUUAAAUUUUAAUCUUAACACUUGUGCUUUACACAUUCACUGAAAAAUUCAUGAACCAGCUCACUGAUAUGCAAUAAGCAGAGAAAAGAUGGGCAUCACUCAGCACAUCCAGUCCAUCACGACAUCACACAAUGACUUGUAUGACCAAUGCAAGUGGGGAGCCUGGAGGCCUUUCCGGGGUCUGAGUUCUCCUCAGGCCCCCCGUUUCUCUUCCUCCAGGAGGAAUUGUGCAAUAAAGCACUUUAAAACAAGGACCCCUGCCCUGCUGUGCAUCAAUGAAGUCUCUCUAUGACGUAGAGGGUGUUUAUGGGUGUGUGUGUGGUGAAUGACACAGUUGUUCUGGACAUGAUUUGCAAUGCAAUGGGAAAAAAAGUAUAUAUAUAUAAAUAUUGUGUUUUCUGUCACAGUUUGCUGUUCAAUAAACUGUCCUUCGCCUAA